GGAGAUGUUGUGAUUGUGAUGUAAAGUAAAAGUCAGUUCUGAAUUUUUUCCCCAAACUAAGUGAUUUUUCAAAAAAACCCAGCGAAGUUGGGUUCCGGAGAAGCUACAAAAUUGAUCACCUUUCCAGCCGCGGCACCAAGGUGCGCCACUCGCGACACGUCCCUCAUCCCCGUUCUGACUUGUUCGCUCACGUCGCACCCACCGCCAGCAGGAUGGAUUGAUAACAAAAGUUGCCUUCCGUAUCUCCAGGAUUUGAGUCAACGUAGGAUUUUGCCGACACGCCGAGGACCCCAAACGGUCCAGGGACUAUCGCCAUGCACAGCUCAAGGUCAGCUGACGAGGCCCACUUCUUCAGCACAUUUACAGCACAAAAGUUUGGCAAGAUGUCCGUGUAUUAGUCCGUAAGCAGACUUUAAAGGAAUUUCCCCUUCUGUGCCAACUUCACCGAUUAUUGUGCAAUAAACCGAUAAUGGAGAAAAAGCGGAGAGCACGGAUCAACCACUGCCUGAACGAGCUCAAGUCGCUCAUCUUAGACGCAAUGAAAAAAGACCCUGCACGUCACUCAAAACUUGAAAAGGCUGACAUUCUGGAAAUGACGGUGAAGCACCUUCAGGGCGUCCAACGUCAACAGCUGGCCGUCGCCGUUGCCACCGACCCCACCGUCGUGCACAAAUUCAAAACCGGCUUCAGUGAGUGCGCCUCCGAGGUCAGCAGAUAUGUGGCCAGACUGGAGGGCGUAGAACCUGCGGUCAAGCAGCGACUGAUGAACCACCUGAACCAGUGCGUCAACGGCCUGCAGCAGUUGACACCCUUCAACUUUGGCCAGAGCAACGCCACAGUCACCAUUCCCUCCGCCAGCAACAUCAACAACGCUCCAAGCCCAACAAAUCCAACAAUUGCUACCCCAACCCCAGUCCAAGCCACCCCCAACGCCUCCAUACAAAUGCCCUUCCCGGCUGGUGACGUCAACAACAACAACACCAGGGUGACCAACAGCCUCCAACUCAUCCCCAGCCGCUUGCCCUCCGGAGAACUGGCCUUUGUGUUGCCUUCAAGUAGCAGCAGUGCUAGUGGCGCCAACAAUGGUGUGCCCCCGUACUUUCCUGCGCCUGUUACUCCUACCGUCGACCGAACCAGGUUCAGUGCCUUCACGGCCGUCCAAAGGUCCAUCAGCCCAUCUUCAUCGCAUCUCCCACGACCCCCUAUCAUCGUCAGUCCGUCCUCGACCAGCAGUGGCGACGAAUCCUCCAGUUCCUACCCCUGCUCGCAAAGCCCCUCGCCUCCCCAGGUCGUCAAACCCACCGCCCUGACGCUCGAGCUCAAAACCUUGGCCGUGGCUUCGACGUCUGGCAACGACUACACGUCACCCUGCUCAUCCAAGGGUGUCCUAGACUUCUCCAUGAAACCACCCCCUCCACCCAAGAGACACGUCGAAGUCCUCGGCGACUCAUCAAAUAGCAAAAUCCCCAGAAUGGCGUUCCCGAACAUCAACGUGAUGCAGGGCGUUCGAUUUGCCGAGGCCGAGAACGCGCCCAGACACGCUACCGGACCCGACGGCCACGACAGCAUGUGGCGGCCAUGGUGAUUGGCGCCAAUCAAUGUAUAAACAAUAAAUCCUGAAAAUCAUAAAUUCACACCACUGCCAGUUGAAAUAUGUAGUAGAUUGAGGGCUUAUUCGAGAAAAACGUCUGAGAUUUGUAAAGUAAUCAAUCAAUUAUUUAAUUUAAAAAUCAAAUUACUUUCAAAACCACUGUUUUCAUUUUAGUUCACAGUUGAAAUAACCCUACAACCCUCAUUGAAUUUCAAAUUACAUAUUAUUUGAUCUCGAGAACAAGUGUACUUAUUAGCUUAUAUUGUGUAUGUUUAGCAUAUUUUUCAAACGGAAACGAUUGUGUACCUUGCUGAAAAGUUGCCUUAGUGUAUUAAACAUUGCUCACGCACCUACAGAGUGCAUUAACGUCGUGUAAAUGUACAUAACCAUCGACGCACAAAUAUACCGUCUUGUCAUUCCAUAAUAAAUUAUUAUUAUAUUUGCCUUG